CCAAAACAAAACCAAACCGAACCCUUUUAUGUUGAACCCAUUCCAUCUUAACAGCCCAUUUCCCCCCCCCCCCCAAAAAGCCCUAAUUCCUUCCCAACUGCGAAACCUGUCACCUUCUUACCCCUUAUUCUCGCCGCCGGCGAUUUUGCCGGAAAAUCCAACACCAUGGAAGACCAGAGACGCCUGGUAACAUUGGGCGGAAAAGGCUCAGCACUUUCAUCUUCUUCUGUAUAUGAAAUUGCCAACCGACUCGCUCGUCUGAACAUGGACUCUUCAGCACUCUCCAAAGUAUCAUCGUCAUCUUCGUCGUCGUCCAAUUCUAAAACCAGCAAAACCGAUGCAAAAACUGAUGCGGUUACAAUAUCCGCACCAUUUUCAAUUCUCAGUAAUUUAACACGCGAGGAAUCUAGAGCUUCUCUCGUAAUUCUCCUAAACAAGCUUCUUCUUUCUUCUUCUUCAACUUCUACAGCUGUGAAUCAGCUCUCUGAUCUCAUCCUCAACGAUGUGUCGCCGUCGGAGCAGGAUACUAUUGACGGUGUUUCUCCAGGUGAUUUUUCUGUAGCGCUGAUAGCUGGAAUUUCCACGAUAUUGGAUCAUCGGAGUUCGGCUUUGUCGGUUAUUAGUGAUGCUGUUGCUGCCUUGUCAUGUGAGGCGUUACAAGCUGAUAUUUCAGCUUUCAACUUGAAUGAUUCGGGAGAUGGUUCGUCUGCCAAGGACGUUAUUUCCGUGGCUUCUGACUUGAAGAUCUUGCUUAACGGUUCGAAACGUGUUAACUCUAAGAGUGAUGAACCUGCAGUUGCUAGUGUUCCUGUGGUGCACGGUAAGUUUAGGGAGAUUUGCCGUCUCCUGCAUUCUGGUACUCGUGUUCAAUUGAAUUCUGCCGUUGUAUCCAAUUCGGGAUCUUCUGGUACUGUCAGUGCUAUGUGUACUACGUUGUUUUCGUUGGCUGUGGCGCUCAAGGAUUUGGGUAACAUCAGUUAUAACCGAGCAAAGCACAUUGUCGAUUAUCACAUUGCUAAAGAUAUCGAAUUUUCUGCAAACCCGCAAAAAGAAGAUUCUGCAAACUUGCAAAAAAAAGAUUCUGCAAACCUGCAAAAAGAAUUUUCUGCAAAGCUGCAAGAAGAAUGUCCUCGCCCUGAUCAGCUAAAAGCUCUUUUCGCGUCUUUGGUGUCAGCUCACUCGGAGGAGGAGUAUGUCAAGUUUUCGCAUGAUGUCAACUCUUUACUGGUGAUGGUAGAGCAGAUAAUUUCCUGGGAGGCUCUGGCUGCUUUCAUUUCCCUCGAAGGAAAGGACUUCAUUGGUGGUGCGAGUGUAGGCGAGGACACUACAAAGGCAGUUAAAAAGGGAGGAAACAAAAAGAUAGGUAAAGGUACCACUGCUCUGGUGCAGUUUUUGAAGGAUAGGCUGCUCAGCAUGCCAAUUCAGAAUGUCACGGUUUUGGAGAAUUUGGUUCGCAAUUUCUUGUCCUUACUGGAACCGAAGGACUUGGGAUUUGACACUUUAUUGAAAAAGGUGAAAGAUAUUGUGGAUAGCAAUGAAAGCCGCCGUUUGCCUAAACUACCAAAGGGAACACGUGAUUUUGCAAAGGAACAGAUGGCUGUAAGAGAGAAAGCUUUCUCAAUUAUUGUUGAGGUUUUUAAAAGGCAUGGGGCUUCUGCUUUGGAUACUCCUGCUUUUGAAAUGCGAGAGACUCUUAUGGGAAAAUAUGGAGAAGACUCAAAGUUGAUAUAUGACCUUGCGGAUCAGGGGGGAGAACUUUGCUCUCUUCGUUAUGACCUGACAGUUCCGUUUGCUAGAUACGUAGCAAUGAAUGGUCUGACAUCUUUCAAGCGUUAUCAGAUAGCUAAGGUGUACAGAAGAGAUAAUCCGUCUAAGGGUAGAUACCGUGAAUUUUACCAGUGCGAUUUUGAUAUAGCUGGUCAGUUUGAGAAGAUGAUGCCUGAUUUUGAGGUCAUAAAGAUUUUGACCGAGUUGUUAGAUGAGCUUGAUAUUGGAGAGUAUGAGGUAAAGCUUAAUCACAGAAAGCUGCUUGAUGGUAUGUUGGCUAUAUGUGGGGUGCCACAAGAGAAGUUCAGAACCAUUUGUUCAAGCAUUGACAAGCUAGAUAAACAAUCUUUUGAGCAGAUAAAAAGAGAAAUGGUGGAUGAGAAAGGCUUAAGUAAUGAGAUAUCCGACAGAAUUGGUACAUUUGUCAAAUGGAGGGGACCUCCUGUGGAAUUAUUGUCUAAGCUCAAGCAGGAACGCAGUUUUUUGGAGAACAAUGAAUCUUCACUAGCGUUGGAUGAGUUAGAGAUUAUGUUUAAAGCUCUUGAGAAGUCCAAGUGUAUUGACAAAGUGGUUUUUGACUUGAGCCUUGCAAGAGGCCUUGAUUACUAUACAGGAGUCAUAUUUGAAGCUGUCUUUAAAGGAGCUGCUCAGGUUGGUUCGAUUGCUGCUGGUGGACGUUAUGACAAUCUGAUAGGGAUGUUUGGCACACGACAGGUUCCUGCUGUUGGGAUCAGUCUGGGAAUAGAGAGAGUAUUUGCAAUCAUGGAGCAGCUUCAGAAAGACAAGAAUCAGGAAAUCCGAGCCACAGAAACUCAGGUUCUAGUUAGCAUUCUUGGUGAUGACAGUGCUUUGGCUGCUGAGCUGGUUGGUGAACUGUGGAAUGCUAAAGUGAAAGCAGAAUUCAUGAUCCACAAGAAAGUGAUGAAGCACAUUGAUCGGGCCAGAGAUGCGAAGAUCCCUUGGAUGGUACUUGUUGGGGAACGCGAACUUAGCGAAGGAGUUGUAAAAUUGAAGGAUGUUGUUGCAGCUAUUGACUAUGAGGUUCCCAGAGGUAAGCUUGUGGACGAUAUAUGCAGACGAUUAGGCAUGUAAUAUCUCAAGCUCUUUGUAUUGGUAGAUUGAAACAAGAUUACAUUUUUGGGGGUUUAAAAUCCACCACGUGGAAGCACCCACCCUUGUCCGUUAAUUUACAAAAGAGGGUACCACAUUUUGAGAAUCCAUUACAUGGGAUAAACUAAAUUUGACACUAUGGAAGUGCAUUUUACA